GAGGAGGAGUGAGAACAGAGGCUGCAGCAUUUACGACUCGUAACGCGAGACGAAGAGGACUCCCCCGACAUGUUUGGCAUUGAAUAAAAACACAGCUUGUUCUUUGCUGGAGGAUAAUCACAAACUGCCGGAGCUGCCUCUGUGACUUCAUUUGGAGACAGAAACACUUUUAGCUUGAAUUUUAUGCGUCUGUCAAACUAAACAGAGCAACAGCCUUUUAUGUGGAGCUCCGCGGUCGCCAUGGGACCAGAUCUCCUGUCUCCACUGAUCUGCCUGGUUCUGGUGGUUGCUAGGUCACAGCUGUGGGCCUUCCCCUUCAGCUCCUCCCUGGAUCUCGACGUCACUCCAAGAACCACCGUGUUUGCCAAAGCUCUCUUGAGUAGCUCUAAAUUCACGGGCUCCUCUCAGAACUACAGUACUCUGCUGCUCGAAGAGGACCUGCUGUACGUCGGAGGCAGAGGAGCUGUGUACGCUCUCAACCCGGCCAACAUCUCUGCACCUGCAAAUUUCUCUAUGGACUGGGAGGCUUCUUCAGAGCAGAAAAAACAGUGUCUAAGCAAAGGAAGGAACAAUAAGACCGAAUGCUACAAUCAUAUACGAUUUCUCCAACGCUACAACGAGACCCACCUCUACAUCUGCGGGACAAACGCCUUCAGGCCUCUUUGUGCAUAUAUAGACGCAGAGAGGUUCAAUUUCUCCGCGGGAUUUGAGGAAGGCAGAGACCGGUGCCCCUAUGACCCCGCUAAAGGAUAUACAGGCCUGCUUGUAGAUGGGGAGAUGUUCACAGCCUCUCAGUAUGAAUUUCGCAGCUCUCCGGACGUACGCAGGAACUUCCCCUUCCCCACCCUCAGGACAGAGGAGGCCCCCACCAGGUGGCUGCUGGAGGCAGACUUUGUGGGCUCAGUGUUGCUGAAGGAGAGUAUUAACAGCUCCAUUGGAGACGACGACAAAAUCUACUUUUUUUUCACCGAGCGAAGCCAGGAGCAAGCGGUGUACCCCAGUCAAACCAAAGUGUCCAGAGUGGCCCGUGUGUGCAAGAAUGACUGGGGAGGACAGAGGACUCUACAGAGGAAGUGGACGACGUUCCUGAAGGCCCGGAUGGUUUGUUCUGUCCCCGAGUACGAGCUCCAUCUCAACGUUCUGCGCAGUGUGUUUGUGCUUCAGGAACAUGACCAUCACAGCACUGUUUUCUACGGCAUCUUUGGCCUCGAAUGGAAGAACAUUAAAGCGUCUGCUGUGUGUCAGUUCGCCUUCUCAGAUGUACAGAGGGUGUUUGAGGGGCCCUACAUGGAGGUGCAGGACUCAAAAUGGAGGGAAUACACGGGAAAGGUCCCAGAGCCCCGACCUGGAUCUUGUAUAACGGACAUCCACCGGGCCCUCAACAUAAACUCAUCUCGCGAUCUCCCUGACAACGUCCUCACCUUUGCCCGUCGACACCCCCUCAUGGCCAAUCAGAUCCACCCGAUCGGCGCCCGCCCUCUUCUUUUCAAACGAAGUGUCAACUAUGUCAAGAUCGCGGUACACAAGGAAAGAGCACUAGACGGAAAUAUAUAUACAGUCUUGUUUUUGGGCACUGAUGAUGGAUGGCUGCAUCGCGCUGUAAACAUUGACGGGGAAAUGCACAUCAUAGAAGAACUACAGCUGUUUGAGAGACCUCAGCCCAUAGAGAGCAUGGUCAUAUCAACUAGACUGAGGAGUAUCUAUGUGGGCUCGUUCUCUGGCGUGGUGCAGAUCCCGAUGUCUUGGUGUAGGAGGUACUCUUCUUGUUACGACUGUGUUUUUGCCAGAGACCCAUUCUGUGCCUGGGACGGGAGGCUCUGUGUGGAGAUACAAACACGCGCUCAAAGGUCAAACUUAACGCAGGAUGUUCUCAGAGGAGUAAGAGGCUGUAAGGACAACUCCGGGAAAGUGGUCCAUAGACGUCGUUCAGUCUUAUCUGGUGAUGAUGUCCUCCUCCAGUGUGAGUUACGCUCCAACUUGGCGUCUCCGCGCUGGACCUUCAACGGAAAAGAGCUCCAGGGCUACGGGCUAAACUCUGGGUACCGCAUUGGCACAGAUGGCCUCCUCAUUAUUGGCGCCCGGUCAAGACAGAGUGGCUCUUACCGCUGUUUUGCUGUUGAAAAUGCAGUUUCUGUUUUGGUUUAUUUAUACACUGUGAGAGUACAUACAGAUUCAAGUUUACCUACAGAGCCUACGUCCACGCCUGAGCCUACAAGCGCCAGCCCUACUGAUUCAACCACUCCCACUGCUACAGAGCAACCUCUCCCCUCACCUCCCGCCCCAUCUGUGCCAGAAUACCAAAGUUAUAGACACAUGGAAGUUGUUUACAUAUCUUUAGUUGCAGUUUUAGGAGGAUUAUGCUUGGUAUUGACUGUAGUACUUCUCUACGUCAGCUUUUGUACCAGACAAGGUUCACGAGAUCGGAAGUUCUCCCACCAAGGCCUUCAAGUCUUGGGCGAACCAGAUCGAAGACUCAGCUCCCAUCUGGAACUUCGUACAAUUUCAAACCACUGGAACGGACAUCGGGGGCGCUGUUCCAUUUCAAUGCCGACAUUUGAUGAAAUGGGGGAUAGCUUCAUGCAGAUUAUGCCAGAUUGUCAUUUAUCGCCGACUAGAACACCGCCGCCAGCCCCUCCUCUGCCCAUGCCUCCUCCGCUCCGCUGCCCGAUAUGGACUACGUACGCCAAUGGGUUAUCUGCGACUCUACCAAGCGUAUUAAGAAAAAUGAAUGGAAAUAGCUAUGUGCUUUUACGGCAGGCAGAUCCAGAGGGCAUGUCACCAUUGUAUCAUUCUUUCACGGAGGAGCUGAACAGGAUUUUGGAGCAGAGGAAACACUCAACACUAGACCUGCAGCCAGACGAGAGCUCAAUCUAAAAAUACAUAUAUUUGUAAAAAUACUUUACUUCAACCUUACUCCACACUGGUCAUCCAAAACAGUGGAUUAAACUUGUAAAGCUGCUUUUUAAGUAUGUGAACCAAUGAACUAACUUACUAACUUUCUACUAUUGACAAUUUUACUACCUGGUUUAAGAAGUUUCUGAAGAUGUUGGAGGUGGAUGCUACCUCAGCAAAGAACCUUGAAGAGUUUGAACGGCACAUAGUGAAAAGACUGUAAUAAUUAUGUAUUUUUGAGACUUUUAUCAAGGAUUUUAUCGUACAGUUUGCACCAAGCAGGCAUAGCAUUAUACCCAUUGAUCAAGAGAAUAAAGGAUUAAAUGGCACAUGUAAGAAAAGGGAAAAUAUGCUGUGUUAGGGCCUUAGAAGUGCUUUUAUUUGAAGCUUUAAAAAAUUGCUCAUCAUAAAUAUUUUAGCAAGUUUGAUGCAAAAUUGUGAUGGGAAGACAAUUGGGUCAGAGUAUUUCUAGGCUUCUAUAAUUUAAAUCUAUCUUGCCUUUAUUCAAUUUGAGGUAUUUUAUUGCAAAAGAAGCAUUGUGAUUGUGAGCGCAUCUCCACAGAUCUGACCUGUAACUUGGCCUGGUGACAUCGCCUGCUUGUCUCCAUGGAAAUUUCAUGCUGUGCUGUGGUAUUUUGUAGAGAAGGGAAUAACUCAUCUCCAUGGAGACAAGCACAUGCCAGACCCUCCACCACAAAUGUUACAUAAUACACCUCAAGGAAAGAAAAGUGUUAACUGGUAUUGGGAUUGGUAAAUAUCAAAACAAGCUUGUAGAUAAAGUCUGUGGUGAUAGUAUGUAUUUAAAUAUGUACUUAAAUACCUAUUUUUUAUGUUUUAAGUUACAACGCAGUCCCAUUCUCAGAGCAAAUAAAUAACAACACUGACCUAAUGCUAAAAUACAUGGCCUUUUAUUGAAUUUAUUCUCAAGAUACAAAUUCGUUUUUUGGUCUGUCUAGAUAAUGAUUCAGUUCGGGAGCAAAAAGAACAAAAAUGAGCAGAUAUUAUACUGCGUAUAAUUGCGUCCUAUAUUAACUUCAUUUAUUUAAGUCCUGUGGUCUUAAUGUUAUGCCUGGCUGGUGAAUUCAGUAUCUUUUUACAUUAGCUGUAAAAGCAGAUCUCCAUUGGCUUGCACUUAAAUAGACUCUGCUUAGUCGUUUAAGAAGUGUUUUCUAUGUGUUGUUUAAUAUUAAUUAAUAUUUAUUAUAUAAAUAUUAAUAUUGUCCCAUGAUGCAAUGUGACAUCUCUCCAGCUUUUUGAGGCUAGAAAGCAAGCAUUUAUAUUUCUCUAAUGAAGCAUAAUUAGAUUGAUUUGAACACUGUUGGUAAGUGCCAGUAAGACAAGUCAUUCAUGUCUCUGUAUAAUUAAACUCGUCACUACUCCCAUUAAUCAUUCUUAUGUAAAUAGCAAUAAAAACAUCACAGCUGUAGCAGUGUUGUGCCAAUGACAAAAACGGUAGCAACAAUUAUAGAGAUUUACUCCAA